AUGCACAAACCCUUGAGCGAGGUCUGGGGUGAAGCUCCCCCAGGCCAGCUGCCAUCAAUUGUGGAACAAUUCCACGACGCCAUAGCGAAGUACCCGGACAACAUCGCCCUUGUCUGCACACAUCAGGCCGCCAACCUAUACGGUAUCUCGAGCCCUCAUUCUGAUGUCCCGGCCGCCGGUGCUGAGAGCGCCCCGUAUCUUCGAUGGACGUUCCUGAACCUGAGGCAGGGCGUCGACCGCUUCAAAGCAGGCUUGAAGUCUUUGGGUGUCAGGAAAGGGACAGCCGUAGUCACACUACUUCCAAACUGCGCCGAGUUCGUUCUGACAUGGUGGGCGGCGAUAGAGCUGGGAGCCGUCAUGGCAUCCCUAGAUCCGCGCCGCAUAUCCAACUCGAGCGAGCUCGCAUACACGCUCAAGACAAUCAUGAUGGCAACGAACAAUGAACCACCCGUCAUAGUUUCACUCAACGCAGAGUACCUCAGCUCCCCGGCCCUUGCGUCAGUGGCGCCGCGAGCUGCAGUAGUCGUGUCUGCCGAGAAAUCUCAGACCCACACUUUGUUCAAAGAUAUAAUGGCGAUUCCUCAGCGACCCGGCGAUAACACGAGUAGAGAAUACGGACACCAAUACCUCUCACCAAAUGACCGCGGUUGCAUCAUCUUCACCAGCGGCUCAACCUCCAUGCCCAAGGGUGUUUUGCGCAGUCGUGAGCUCCAAGCGUCAUUGGCUCGGAAUGUGUUUAGGACACCCGGUUACGAGACCCUCCCCGGAGACCUGUGGUGCACUGUAACGCCAAACAACCACUCAAUUAGCAGUACUGGCACGGUCUCGUCGAUGCUAGUGGGUGCUGGAGUCGUGAUACCGGGGGAGACCUUCUCGGCGGAGGCUACAGCAAAAGCACUGGUUCGUGAACGAUGCACGCACAUCCUCAUGGUGCCAGGAAUGAUCAACCUAAUAGCGGAAUAUUUGGAGGACGACACUAGCAGGAUGCGUACAAGUCUUAAGGCCGUGAUGCUGGCUGGAUCACCGCCGACGACCAAUAACAUUGAAACAUGCUUCGAGGGCCUCGGUACCCGCGGCGUCUGCAUCCGUUACGGUAGCACCGAAGGCGUGGCCUGUGUGAGUGACAUUGUAACAAGCGCGCAAGAGCUGAUUGGCGAAGGCGGUGGGCUAUCUGUGGGACGACCAGCUGCUGGAGACGGAGUCAAGAUCUGCCAGGUCGGCGAGACAGCCCACCUCGGUGUACCGCUACCUCGUGGUACUGCUGGAGAGAUCCAUUACAGCGCCGCAUGGGGCGAGCACAGCAUGUAUAUCGGAUGGCAGGACACCAAGGACACCUGCUAUAUCGACGAGAAAGGCAAGCGCUGGCUCAUCACAGGCGAUGAGGGGGUGAUUGACGAGCAGGGCCAGCUGUAUGUGGUUGGCCGGCUUAAAGACAUGAUAAUCAGAGGAGGCGAGAACAUAUCUCCGGCGGCCAUUGAGGCCCGCCUGGCCAAUAAUCCGAAGCUAGCGUCCAAGUCUGUUCAAAUCGUCGGACAGCCGGACUCCAUCAGUGGAGAGGUUCCGGUUGCUAUCAUCGCCAGCAGUCCAGAGUUCAGUGAGACCGUAGCAGAGAUUUACCGCACUAUACGCGAGGACAUGGGCUUGAUGUGGGCUCCCCACGAAGUAAUUCACCUAGAGCAACUAGGCCUUCAAGAUUGGCCUCGCACAUCUGUGGGCAAAAUCCACAGGGUUACGCUUCGGCAACUGGUGCAGAAGCGAUACCAGGAUCGUUUGGCUGAGGAGGCUGCUAGAGAGGCCUCGGACCAGUCUGACCUGGUGUGGAACGAGAGGCGCGUAAGAGAGGAAAUACUCGCAAUCUGGGCGAGCUCCGUUGGCUUGGAGGAAGAUCAGCUUCCUCUCAACGUGAGCAUCUCGCAAUAUGCUGACAGCUUGUCGGUGGCACGAGUCAGGGGCCACCUCCGACGCGUGAUCCCCGGCCUGAAAAAGCUUUCGGUGCGAGAUGUGUCGGGAGACGACACGCUGUCAGCGCAGAUUGACCUGAUAAUUAGGAGGUGGAGUGGAGGAAACAGUCUGGACGUACAAGAAGAUACUGAGAUUGAGGGUCCAAAGAGUGCAGAUGAUAUGGUCCACACCGUCGCUCAACCAGCCCUUUUUGCUUCAACUAAGAAGCUCGUGACGGAAGUCAUCAGCCAGCACGGCUUUCAGUGGGACGAUGUGGCGUCCGUGUUUCCUGCGCAAAAUUUCGUCGGUGAGCUAUCUAGGGAGGGCGUCCUGGACAGCGCCAAGUUUCAGAACGCCUUUGUCACGAAGAAGGAGAGUAGUAUUGAUAGGGUAAAGCUUGCAUUAACCGCAAUGCUGCGCGGGAAUCAAUUUUUGCCAUCUUUCCUCGUUUGGAACAAGGAAAAUUCCAGAGACCCCAAAGACGAUAUCGCCCUGCACGUCACGCUGAAGCCAAGCAAAGCCCUGUACGACCACGUGUUGCAGGAUGGAGGUUCUGUGGACACAGUGGAAGAGCUCGAAGAGCUGGCGUCUGCUCAUCCACAUCCGGAGUGGGCAAUGUAUCCUGGGAUUUUGUUUCGAGUGCUUCUCUUCAACGUCAAGAAGACCAACACAGUGGGUUUCAUCAUUAGUGUGAGCCACGGUGUCAUGGACGCAACGUACACUGGAAAAUUGCUCGCAGACAUUGACCAAGCCUUAAAUGGUCCGGUGCUGCAGCCCCUUCUUCCCCACAUAAGCUACAAACUUUGGGCAGAAUCAUACUACUCAUUCCGGGAGUCGCCGCAGGCGAGAGCAUCGGUACAGUGGCACGCAAACUACCUCGACGGCAUUCACAACCAUAUCGAGAAGGCCCAAUGGCCUCCGAUACCUAAGCGUGGUCCCUUCGAUCCAACGGGGAGAGGCUACGGCAGAGGCGCCUCGCACAGUUUCGCAGUUCCCGACCUCGCAGCUCUUCGGAAGAAGCACCCGCAGAUAUCGGCUCCGGUCAUCGUUAAGUCGGCGCUGGCGCUCUUGCACGUACAGCAGACCGGUCAUGACCACGCCGUCUUCUCCAAUGUGCAGGCAGGAAGAACCGCAUGGCCAUUUAUGCCCACAACGUUCGCGAGUAACGACAGUCUGGGGCUAUUUGAUGAGGCAACAGACGUGGCUGGACCGCUCCUGCAAUCGGUGACGAAUCUAAUCAAGAUUUCACCGGACGAGUCUGUGCUUGACAUGCUCAUGCGUCUGCAAGCUGAUCAACAAGCCUUGACACAGCACGCGCAUGCACCAUGGCCUGCCAUCGAAAACGCCCUCGACCAGGCCAAUGGAAGCCAUUAUAUCACAGGCUCGGCCAGCAGCCAUCGCGGGUUGAACAGGAGAGUUUUCACGUCGCAGGUAUUCAACUGGAUCCCGGGCAUGGGGGCCCAAGGAGGUGGCUUAAAGGAGCCGUUUGCCAACUUCCGGAAGCUCAAGUCUGUGACCCGGUGGCAGGUUGGGCUGAUUGUCAGAGCUGGGCUUGGCGGCCCUGAUGGCGAUACGGUGUUCAUUAACCUGCUGGGUGAUGGGCUGACAGAUGUUCAGAUGGAGCAGACAACGAAGAAGUGA